GUUACUCUCCAUCAUUCAUCUACUUGUACUCAGAUACCGCUUCUAUCUGGUCAUAUCCAUCACCUGCUCACUACUACUCUCUCCUGCAUCAACCUUGUCGACUUGAAGAGAUCUACGUCUUCCUCCAUUCACAAUGCCUUUCACUGCCUCGGAUAUCUGCAAGAUCAUCUUUGCGAUCAUCUUGCCCCCGCUGGGUGUCUUCCUUGAGCGAGGAUGCGGUGCUGAUUUCCUGAUCAACAUCUGUUUGACAAUCCUGGGUUGGCUUCCUGGUGUCAUUCAUGCCUUCUAUAUUAUAUUCAAAUACUAGAACGCUCCUCAGGCCCCUCCUUACCACCCACUUCGGUUCAAAACCCGUCGAUUAGGGGGAAUAACCUCGUCCUACCUACGAUUUUUCUCCUACGGAAUCGGAUGUUCAAAAUCCAGCGGGUCGGAGUGACGUUGUCAACAUCUUAGUAUUGUUCCGCGGGCUCCCGACGAGUCUAGCCUAAUGCAACCCCGCCAACAUAAACACCGUCAUUGGGUGGAUGUGCAGCAUGCUCAGUGCGACGUGUGUUUUUGACAGGGUCUCGAUUGUACCUUUUUAUCAUUUCCUUGUUUCUUAUCUCCUUGGGUUGUUAUGUUCUUAUGUAUUGCGCAUGAUACCAGCCCACUUUGUCACUGGGCUUUGCUUUUGUCAUUUUCUCUUAGUUGGCAGUGAUCAGAUUAAUGAUUGAUGACAAUGUCAAACUUAUUAAUCAACCA